GAGUAGGGGAGUGUUUGUGCAUUAUUGAUCUGAUGGCCCAUGGCCGUUGUGAUCAUCGCUCCUUAUUUGCCUCUGGAACUGCUGUCCAGUGAGGUAAGCUCCGUGUAUGACUUGAGCUCCAGCCAAGAGAGUGAAAUACCUGGCAGUAUCAUUAAUCCGUUGGCAGCAGAAAAACACUGGACAGCAUGACCUAACUUUCUCUGCCGUAAGCUAUUAUUUUGUAAAGUGCCUCGGCUAAGAGCUUAUUUUGUUAGCAUAACAAAUUCAAACAGAUAAGAAUUUUGAAAGAAAAUGAGGAUCAUUUAAGUACGUGAACUGAUUCGUUUGUAUUUACACAAGUGGAUGAGAAAGUGCUGACAAGAAACAUUUUCAUCAGCAGUAGUGAAUCCUGUCGCUAUAAGAAUGAAGCUGGGGAUACAGCAGAAAGCUUUUGCCUAUUCUAUGACAACACUUGGAUCUACCUUAAUGAGCAACAUGUUUAAUUUCUAUUAUGUGAAGCUCUUUUUGAAUCGGUAUAGAAUUUCUGAAGGAAUGUUUCACCAGGCACAAGUUGUCUUCAUGCUUUGGAAUGCUUUAAAUGAUCCGCUCUUUGGUUAUUUUCAAGAUAAUGCCAAUUUUUCCUGUUGUGCCAAGAGGCGUCUCUCCAUUCUGUACGGUGCUCCACUUUAUGCCAUUGCCUUCCUGCUGCCGUGGUUCCCAUGGCGUGACUAUCAGGAGGGUGACUGGUUGUGUGGACUGCACCUAGUCAUUGCUCUUUGUGCCUAUGAUGGGAUGUUGACAUUUGUCCUCUUGGCGCAAUGUGCCCUCUUUGCUGAGAUCUCAACCAAGCACGAGAAUCGAUUGCAACUCAUCAAAUAUAACCAAGUGGCCUUGUUGAUUGGAUCUUCAAGUGUCCUUUUCUGUGGCCUCCUAUCAGAUAACAUGAAAAAUCUUUUCAACUUCCAGUUAUUUGCCCUGUGUAUUGCUGUACUGGCUUUUUGUUGCAUGUACUACACUGGAUUACGUUGUAUCACCCAUUAUGAGCAAGUGGAGAAGAACAAUGUGGAGAAUGUCCCCAAUCUGUCCUGGACCUCGGUAUUCCAUCUGACCAAACAAAUCAUCACACAAAAGGACUUUGUGCUUUUUGUAAUCAUGAACUUUUGCCAGGUUUUCUAUCUGGCAUUCCUGAACAAUUUUAUGCUGAUCUUUGCAGAUCAUCUGAUUCCACAAUAUCUGCUUCCAGAUUUUGUAAAGAGCAUAAUGUAUGGAGCUGGAUUCAUCUGUCCCCAGCUUUUAAUUCUCAGUUGCCAAUCACUGUUGAGUAAGUUUGGCUAUUACAAAGUCAUCUUGUAUAUCUUCUACGUGGAACUAUUGAGUGCAGCAGUCAUGCUGGGAUUGGGCCCUACUCAUUACUAUCUGAUAUGUGUAUUCCUCAUCGGAAACAUGGUGAUGGUAACUGCCACAUUCAGUCUCUUUAACUUGCCCUUGGCUGAUAUUGUUGAUGCUGAUUUUCAGAAUUAUAAACGCAGCUUUCCACUUUCAUCCAUGGUAUUCGGAACCAAUGCUUUGUUUACUAAACCAGCGCAGUCACUGGCUCCAAUGCUGGUUGUGACCAUUCUUAACCAGUUUGACUAUGAAAAGCUGAAAGACAACUUUGCACUUUCACAGCAAAGUGUUCUGCAGGAUCUACAUGGGGCCAUGUUUUACCUGGUCUGCCUGACUCCAAUGUGCAUUGCUUUUCUGCAGAUUCUUGCAUGGACCCCAUAUUCCAUCCGGGAUAGUCACACUGACUUUGCAAAAUAUGUAGAAUCCUGAAAACCAGCACUCCAGUGUGAGGGACCAUAGUGAGAUAAAUGAGAUUUUAAAAGCUUCAAGGCAAUCUUUCAUGCUGGGAAUGAUACUGUUAGAUGCUACUGUUAUUCAGAGAGGUGGUGGGAUGUUUUUAUUUCAUUUAUGGGAUGUACAUGUUCCUGACAAAAAUAAUUUACUUCCCUAUCUUGCAUUGUCCUUGAAGUUGGUGGUUGGCUGUGUUCCUAAACUCUGUGGUCAGUGUGGUGUAGAUACACCCGUAGUGUUAGGAAGGAAAAUCCAGGCAUUUUCCUCGUGACAAUGAAGGAAUGGUGAUAUGUCCAAAUCAGAGAGCUGAACUUAGAUAUAAUUGUGUUCUCAUGUGUUUGCUGCCCUUGUUCUCCAUGGUAUGGGUGGUUAGUUUGAAAAGUUCUGUUGAAGCCUUGGUAUUUUUCUGUAGUGUAUCUUGUGGAUAGUACACUACACACUGCUGUCACUGCCAGCUGAUCAGAUAAUAAUUGGGCCUAGAGCAACUAAACUUUGUUGGUGUGCUUCUUGAAUGUCGUUGAUCUUGGCUUAUCCAAGGAAAUAGAAAGUGUCAUGUAUUGAUGAAUACGGUUUUAGUGUAUGAUGUUUUUAUUGGUACUCCCACAGAGUAUAACGAAUUGGAAGUGACCAUAUAAAGAACUUGACCUCUGAAUUGGGAGGGCUUCAUGUACUUAAGAAAGUGAGACAGCAGACAAAUCAUUCCAUGUGCUCUAUAAGAUAUUAUGUAUAAACUCUGCCUUGAUAUGAUUCUGACCCAGACCACCUCCACUCAUUUGGAUGCAAAGAGCUGCUUUUUCUACAAUACAUUUUGCUGGAGCUUCCUAAAUUCAGGUUUGAUAUAUUGGAUCCUACGUUGUGCCAAAUGUCUACUUCUAAGUAAACACUACUCAUAAUGUGUGAAGGAUACAAUCUUUGAGGGAUUCUCAGUCUUUCAGAUAUCAAAGUUUCUGCUAAAAUUACAUUCUAUAGGAUAUGUAUUUUUUAAAAAACUUAUUUUGUAAAGCUGUAAAAUGAACAAGAAUUGUUUGUAGAAAGGACUGUUGGGGUAAAACAAAUACAGCUGAGGAAGAAUAAGUUGCCCUUUCAUGUCUGACCUCAGAAUGUCCAGGUUAAUAAUCACUCCAGUUUUACCUAUGUGCCUCAAAAGUGAGUUUGAUGCUAUUAACAAUGAGUUAAAGUAGAUACAUGGCUGGGUGAGCAGCAGUGUUUUGCUGAACCAUGUUAGUUUGAUGUACUGAUUAAACUGUUUCUUUCACCUCA